AUGACUAAAGACUCUCGAGAUGGCGAGCGUAUUAUUUUAACAACAUACCCCGGCCAAAGUGUGGUCAAUCCCAUCCCUUUAGAAUGGGGCAAAAUGAAUCCCCAGGAACGAGGACCCGUUCUAGUUUCACGGAAUAAGAAGACAAUUACCCACCGAAAUGCAAUCGGAGCGCAUGGUGGAAGUUACUCAAUCUAUAACGCAUUGGCAAUUGCCGCCGGCGAUCUUCCUCCCGAUUUCAAGCCGAGCUUUGAAAACACUGAGCCUAUCUUCGAUUUCCCACCCCAAGCCGCAUGGGGAGAUAAGAAAAAGAUUGUCGCGAUGGAUCCAUAUGGCCAUGACACCGUGAAGCAUUUCAAGAAGCACUUGGAUGAUGGUCUAGAUGUGCGCCCAACUAUUGCCGUGACGCGAGCCACGAUGCGCCUAGCCGAGAUCACCGACUCUAUCCGAGAAGGCCGAUUGCAGGUUGAUGGCGAGAUCGUGAUCAGCAAAGAAGGCGACGUACGCGUAACAAAAGCAGCAGUGGAGCCCGUAUGGUAUCUCCCAGGUGUGGCUGAGCGAUUUGGAAUCGAUGAAGGGACUCUCCGUCGUACGCUGUUUGAGCAGUGCGGAGGAAGUUUCCCCGAAUUAAUCACUCGACCGGACAUCAAGGUUUUCUUACCACCCAUCGGCGGUCUGACUGUCUAUAUCUUUGGUGCCCCCGAGAAAGUAUCCGACCCAAGUGUGAAACUUGCUCUCCGAAUCCACGACGAGUGUAACGGAUCGGAUGUUUUCCAAUCCGACAUUUGCACAUGCCGGCCUUACCUGGCCUUUGGAAUUGAGGAAGCCAUCAAGGAAGCUCAAAAUGGCGGAUCGGGUAUCGCGAUCUAUUUCCGCAAGGAAGGUCGUGCCCUCGGUGAGGUUGUGAAGUAUUUGGUUUAUAAUGCUCGCAAGCGUGGCGGUGAUACUGCCGACAAGUACUUUGCUCGUACUGAGAACAUCGCGGGUGUUAGAGAUAUGCGCUUCCAAGCUCUGAUGCCUGAUAUUCUUCACUGGCUGGGCAUCCAGAAGAUCGACCGCAUGCUUUCAAUGUCGAACAUGAAACAUGAUGCAAUUGUGGAGUCAGGAAUUCCCAUAUUGGAGAGAAUUCCUAUUCCGGAUCAUAUGAUUCCCUCGGAUUCACGGGUCGAAAUCGAUGCAAAGAUUAACGCUGGAUAUUUCACCACCGGGAAAAAGUACACUGAUAGCGAACUUGCGCAGGUGAAGGGUCGGGGAUGGCAAAACUGGGAAGAUGUUGCUCACUGA